AUGCAGACAAGCCAUGAAGGAGAGCGACAGCAUGAGUCAAAUCCGAAGGAGCGGUGCAUUGGCAUUGAUUUUCCGCCCGUAAAGGACCGCGAGGAGAUUUUCAACGCGCAGCGGGCCGCAGUGACGCAGGAAGAGAUACGCCAAGGCAUGCAGGACGACAUCCCACCCGUCGUGCGCAGCGUGCUGGAGCUCGCGCACCUUAUGAUGAGUGGCCACAGCCAGAAGCUGCGCGCUUCACCGGGCUAUCAGGGCGGUCUCUUCUACGGCGGAAGUCCCUUCUGCUUCGCGAGCGGCUACCGCGACGGCACGCGGCCGCGCGACAUGGACGACAAGGGCAACCACAUGAAGCUGAAGGACCCGCUCACGUACGGCGUGCUCUCGCUUCCGGUGACUGCCGGCUACCUCUGCGAGCUGCACGGAAAGGGCAUCAUCGACCUGCACGCCCCGCUGGCGCGCUACUUGCCAGAGCUCGAGGGCAAACUCGACCCUAGUGUGACGGCGCGGAGCAUCCUCGCCUUCACCCGCGCCGUCGACGACCGGCAGGUGCUGAAGGACGCGGGGGCCCGCUGGCUGCGGCCGCACUUUGCGUGGAACAUGUGCGCCUCGAUGCAGCGGUGCGUGUACGAGCCCAUCAAUCGCUUCUUCGCCGGCGGCUCCACCGCGGUCCUCACUGGGCAGCAGCAGCGCGAGAAUUUCGUGCAGUACUUUCGCUCUUCCUCUCGUGCAACAGUUCGGCAGUGCUCGGCGCGGCGGUCGUAUCGACACGGUAUAUCGCACUUCUCCGUCGCGUUGCUCAUGGCCGCCGUUGAACGACAGCUGCAGGGCACAAGCUUUGAGGCGUCGAUCCGCAGCACUGUCUUUGAGCCGGCGCAGAGCCACGGUGCUGGCUAUGGCCCACCCAAGUUGUGGCGCGACCCAAAUGAGAUGUUCUACCAGCCAAGUGGUCUCGCCUUGCAGCACCAACGUUUUUUCUAUCCAAUAAAGACGGGGUCUCUUGACAACUGUGGUCCACCGCUACUGAACGCCUCCCUGAACCUCUACGCGCCGGUAGAGGACUACGGCAAGCUGCUGCUGCUCUCACUCGAUGCCAUUCGGCACGCGCGAGUGGCACUGGGCGGUGCAGAUGUCGUGGCAAGAGGCUCACACUACGAUUUCGGUGUGGAGUGGCGGGAUGAUAGCCGACAGGUGCAGCUGACACGGCGUGUGUUGGGGAUUGACUACGUCCCCGCCGCGUCGUCGUUCCGUUACAACUGCGAACAUGAUCUCGGCUGCUUCGGGGUGACAAAUUGUGGUUCACGUGACGCCUGUGUCCUCGCCAACAUGCUCUCGCGCGUGAUUCAGCACCUCUUCGUGAAGCACGUCAUUCAAAAAGGUGUCGAUGUGACGCGGGGGCCCGACUUGGACAGUCCCCAGCGGGAGGCGAGCGAAACGGAGACAAAGUUCCGCAAGAUCGUCAAGCAGCAGGAGUACACGAGCUACUUCAAGAAGCACGACGCCCACAAGCGAUUCUGA